GACUCCUUCAAAAUGGUAUUCAAGGUAAGCUUUGAACGUUCAGGUUACAGCGAGUCGUUGAAGGUCUAACACUUUAAGUACAGCGUAAUAAAAUAUAAAGUUUCCAUGAGAGAGAAUUCUUAUUAAAGUUACUGAUCACAUUCAUUGGAUGAUGGAAAAAUCUUUGUUGAAACAAUUUAUUGAGAUAAAUAAUUUUUCUAAAAGUAGCUUUCGAUUCGUUGGUCUCUUCUUUAUUAAAUUUUAGAGACUUCCGAAGAAACAGUUGUUAAAAUCUUCAGCCAGACAUAGUCGUUCCACAUUGAGCGAUUUUUACAUCAAAUAAUAAGACAAUUUUCUUGCAGUUCAUAGUACUCGCAGCCUUGUUGGCAAUAGCCAGUGCCGGUGGCCCAGCUGCCUAUGACAUUGCAACGGCGUCUGGUGAUCUCAGCAGCAUCGGUUUCAGUCAGGAAUCUACACAGAAAGGUCUCGGUGGUCAGAACGUGAUUUCUUCUUACACAAAGUCUGAUGACUCGGCUCACUCCUUUGUCCGCGUGAGCAGUCAUAGCAUCAGCAAUGAUGCUCUCCUCAACUACGACAUCAGCCAUACUUACGCUGCCCCGUACAGUUAUGCUACUGCAGCUCCUCUAAUCGCCAAGACUGCGAUCGCACCAGCUCCUCUAAUCGCCAAGACCUAUGCCGCUCCAGUCGCUGCUGCUCCUCUUCUGGCCAAGACUUAUGCCGCUCCAGUCGCUGCUGCUCCUCUUCUGGCCAAGACUUAUGCUGCACCUCUUUUGGCUAAGACUUAUGCUGCUCCAGUCGCUGCUACUCCUCUUUUGGCUAAGACUUAUGCUGCUCCAGUUGCUGCUGCUCCUCUUUUGGCCAAGACUUAUGCUGCUCCAGUUGCUGCUGCUCCUCUUUUGGCCAAGACUUAUGCUGCUCCAGUUGCUGCAGCUCCUCUUUUGGCCAAGACUUAUGCUGCUCCAGUUGCUGCUGCUCCUCUUUUGGCCAAGACUUAUGCUGCUCCAGUUGCUGCUGCUCCUCUUUUGGCCAAGACUUAUGCAGCUCCGAUCGCCGCUGCUGCUCCUCUGUCCUACGCUGCACCGGCUGCUCCUUUGUCCUAUGCUGCAUCAGCUGCUCCUUUGUCCUAUGCUGCAUCAGCUGCUCCUCUGUCUUAUGCUGCACCGACUGCUCCUCUCCUCGCUAAGAGCUAUGGAUACACUUCCUACGUUCCAGCUCGUGGAUUCGCUGCUGCCUCCAUCGCUCCAGCUUCUCUUCACUCUUAUGCCGCCUCCAAGGCCUACGGAUACGAGCACAUACCAUUUUCACAUAGCAGUUUUAGUGGUUUUGGUUCCAGCUAUGCCUGGUAAACCUGUGAUUCCAUAUGUUAACUUUUCAGUUUUUUUUUUUUUUUUUUGAGAAUGUAGAUCUUGGUCUUAUUUUAAUUGAGUCUUUGGGAUCCUAAAUCUUUUGAAUGAAGUUUCGAAGGUUUGAUGACUCCAAAGAUUAGACAUUUCUUUUUUUUAGUAAAAUUUAA